AUGGGGGUGUGCAAGGCUGCGCAGGCAUGUGCAGGUGUCUGCAUGGUGGUGUGCAGGGGGGUGUGCGAUGGGGGUGUGCAAGGGAUGUGCAAGGCUCUGCGUGCAGUCUCUCCCACUCCAUCCCAGUCCCUCCCCCGGCUCCCGCCAUGCCGCCUCUGCCCCGGGUCUCACCUCGGGGGUCCCGGGGCCGCCCCCAGCGCUACCGCCGGCACCCCAAGCCCCCCCUACUCCUACCUGGCGCUCAUCGCCCUCGUCAUCCGCGCCGCCCCCGGCCAGCGCCUCAAGCUCGCCCAGAUCAUCCAGGAGAUCAGCAGCCUCUUCCCCUUCUUCGGGGGGGGGUACCAGGGCUGGAAGGACUCCGUCCGGCACAACCUCUCCUCCAACCCCUGCUUCGCCAAGGUGCUGAAGGACCCGGCCAAGCCCAAGGCCAAGGGCAACUACUGGACGGUGGACGUGAGCCGCAUCCCCCCCGAGGCCCUCAAGCUGCAGAACACGGCGGUGGCGCGGGGGGGGGCGGCCGCCUUCGCCCGCGACCUGGCCCCCUUCGUCCUCAGGGGGUACCCCUACAGCCCCCCCCCCCCCGAAAUCCCCCCCCGACCCUCCGGGAACAUCCCGGGGAAUUCCCGGAAGGGGGCGGGGGGGGGGGAAACCUCGAAGAAAUCGGGGACCCCCCCGGGGAUUUCGGGGGAUCCCGUUCCGGUGGGUUUGUGGGGAUCGGCGCCCGUUUUCCACCUCGCCGCCCCCCCGGUAACCCCGUGGCUGCCCCCCGCGACGGGUGGCCGCUCGGGGGGCUCCGGCGUCCCCGGCUCUGACCCCGAGGGGGGGCCCCGCGCCCCCCCCCCGGCUUGGGGGCAGCUGCCCACCUCCUACAGCACCGCCGUGGCCCCCAACGCCGUGGCCCCCCCGAGCGGCCCCCCUUUCCUCGCCUUACGUUGGGGGGUGCUGCCACCCGGCCCCCCGCCGCCUCCCGGCCCCCCCCCGGGACCCGAGCCCGAGGCGGGGGGGGCGCAGGCCAUGCCCCCCAACAAGAGCAUCUUCGACAUCUGGCUGAGCCACCCCGGGGACAUCGUGCACCCCGCGCUCCGUGGCUAG